CGUGACGCGGGGUAUCGCUGGGCGUGGAGCGAUACAUGUUGCAUCGACCAGAGCAACAACUUUGAACUCCAAGAAUCGGUCAACUCCAUGUUCGUCUGGUAUCGCCACUCAGCGCUCACAAUCGUCUAUCUAGUAGAUGUUCUGCCUUCGUCAGAACCUGGGGCACUCGCAAAUAGUACUUGGAACACACGAGGGUGGACAGUGCAGGAAUUCCUCGCUCCUAACACCGUUCUCUUUCAUCGAGCAGAUUGGACCUUGUAUCUCGAUGAUCGCUCUCCCAAUCACAAGAUGUCUGUCGCUAUCAUGCAGGAGUUGGAGGACUCGACAGGCAUAGAUGCACAAGCCCUCAUUGCCUUCCGCCCGGACAUGAGAGGCGCCCGAGAGAAACUUCAAUGGGCAUCCAGCCGUGUCACGACUUUGCAAGAAGACAUUGCAUAUUCACUAUUCGGCAUCUUCCACAUCCACCUCCCUGUAAUCUACGGCGAGAAGAGACAAAACGCGCUCAGACGACUCUUGCAGGAGAUUAUUGCGCAUUCAGGCGACAUCACUCCCCUUGACUGGAUCGGAAAAUCAUCCGAGUUCAAUAGCUGUCUCCCAGCUGACAUCACAUCAUAUAAAACUCCACUGUGCAUGUUAUCAUCUUUGCCCGAAGAUGAGAUGAACAUGUCUGUCUCCAUGUUGCGAAAUACUGUGUCGGCGGAGUCGACUUCGAAAUUGUAUACCCUCCUUGACAACCUCAGUGCACCUCGUUUCGCACACUCCAGACUGCAGCUACCGUGUAUUGCAUUUCCCAUCACUGAACUGAGGCGGAGGCGUGAUCCAAACCUGGAGACAUGUUUCACUUAUGACGUCAAGGCAGAUGGUCUUCAAGACCUACUGAUCACUUCCGAAGACAAGCUGAUUCAGUUCUCGCCGACACGUCCCACUCAACAGACAUUUUUGCUUGUCCGUCCAUGGAAUCGUCAUGAUCUUGAGCUGCCUGACUUUGCGGAGCCCGAUUUUGCAGACGACGCACAGAGUGUGGACGAUUGGCCUGAGCCUGUGUCUCUAACAGACGGAUCUAUCCGUGGUUCUCUUGUAGACUCUAAUCUGGCUGAUUCGGAGGCUCGUUUGCGAGAGUUGAGGUUGGUUGUUCGCCUUGGACAGCCUUUUGGUGCGCUUUUGCUAGCGCAACAGCGUGGUGGGGAGUAUAAGAGAGUUGCUUCGGACCACCUUAUCAUUGCCAAGGUCAAGGACAUGGCUUCUAUUGAUGACACGAUGGACAUUGGGACGCUAGAGAUAUUGUAGUUGUGUGUACCUCCGAGCACGAAGAUUGCCAAUGCUACACUAGAUCAUUUUGCACGAUGCACGAUGUAAACAUGUACAUCUCCGAAUUCUGUCUCUUCAACUCCAG